ACGGUCUGCGCUUCCUCUUCUGGUUUGAGUUGGCAGGCUGGAAGUUCUCCACAGGGUCUGAGCUCCACAGCGCGGUGUCCACACUGACCACCAUGGCCCCCAGCUCCCAGGCGGAUGAGGUGGUCUCCGGCGUGCGGAAAGGCAUCAGGGCCAUCCUGUUAGGACCCCCCGGAGCGGGGAAGGGAACUCAGGCUCCCCGGCUGGCAGAGAAGUUCUGUGUGUGUCAUCUGGCCACUGGGGACAUGCUGAGGGCAAUGGUGGCCUCUGGAUCUGAACUUGGCCAGAGACUAAAACAGACCAUGGAUGCUGGCAAACUGGUGAGUGAUGAGAUGGUAGUCGAGCUUAUAGAGAAGAACCUGGACACCCCUCCCUGUAAGAAUGGCUUUUUAUUGGAUGGGUUUCCCCGCACAGUCAAACAAGCAGAAAUGUUGGAUGAUCUGCUUGACAAACGCACAGAGAAGCUGGAUUCCGUUGUUGAGUUCUCUGUGGAUGACUCUCUCCUGGUGCGCAGAAUCUGUGGAAGACUCAUUCAUCAGCCCAGUGGUCGUUCCUACCAUGAGGAGUUUAACCCACCCAAGGAACACAUGAAGGAUGAUGUAACCGGUGAGCCUCUGUCCCGCCGUAGCGAUGACAACGAGAACACCCUGCGCUCGCGGCUGGAGUCCUACCACAGACAGACGGCCCCCCUGGUCGAGUACUAUAGUGCACGUGGUUUGCACCGUGCCGUCGACGCUUCUCUGUCACCGGACCUCGUGUUUGCCUCCAUCCUUGCUGCUUUCUCAGCUGCCACCUGUAAAGACCUUGUGUUAUUCAUCUAAACCCCUUCUUCAUCCCUCUGACUCUCCUUUGUUCCUCUGGCUGUUUGAAUCCCUGCAUCGAACAUCCAGUCUGGUCCAGAUGAUUCAAAAAGGGCGAGGUUGUCUAAUAGAGCGUAAUUUAAUUGUGCUGAAUAGUUAGUGUGCUUUAUUUCAGGCACUCUGCCAGGACUGAAACACACAAUACACUGGCCCUGAUGACACUUCUUUUGAAAUAAAGAAACAUUUUCUACAUGUC